CUCAGUCGUCGUCGUUCGUGGUCUCCUUCUUCUCUAAUGCUUAAGUAGCGAUUGUUCUUUAGCGUUCACAACCUCUUGCACACCCAGAUAUGCACUGGCUCCUUUUAUCCGUUCUUUCACGAGUGCAUCAGUAGCCACUCUUCUCGCCUACUUCAUCGCUCUCUUUCUUUUCAUCAUCUUCAUUCGAUCAUGCCUCAUGCAUCAGAAGAAACAUGGUCAGAUAGCGAGUCUGAGGCCGACGACGUCCUCGAGACGCCCUUACGGAGCUAUGCCUACCAGAUCGAGAUGUUCGAACAAAGCCUUCAGGGUAACAUUAUUGCCGUCAUGGGCACCGGAACCGGGAAGACUCAAGUGGCUAAACUGCGGAUCGAGGCUGAACUUGAACGCCCCACCGGUAAACGCGUUUGGUUCACAGCGCCGAGCGUUGUUUUGGCCUAUCAACAACACCUUUUCCUUUCAAAACAGCUCCCUGCAUUCAACUUCCGGUUGAUUACGGGUAUGGACAAUGCAGAUCACUGGAAAACAAAUGACAUAUGGAACAAGGUGCUCUUCAAGAUAGAUGUCGUCGUCUCAACGCCUCAAAUACUUCUUGAUGCUCUCGAUUACGGCUUCGUGUCCCUCAAAGAGAUAUCGUUGCUUGUCAUUGAUGAAGCACACCAUUGUGUAGGUGAUUCUCCCUUGAAACGAGUCAUGGAACGUCAUUAUCAUGGCUCGCUCGAUAGCCUACCGCACAUCCUCGGACUCUCUGCCAGUCCCAUCACGAAGCGAAAUGUGUCUGAAAUGAGCACACUUGAGACGAGCCUCAAAGCCAAGUGCAAGAUGCCAACGCAACAAGUAGAAGAAUAUACGUCUCUCAUCAGAAUGCCAGAGCUUGAAACGAUUAUGUUCGCAGAGAGUCUGCUUGGAGCCUCGGAGUGGAUGAUUCUCCUUCAGAAAACCGUCUCAGUAUUAUCGUUGGAUAGUGACCCUUUCUAUCAAUACAUAAUAGGCAAGACAGACCCGAGCUCCCAGGAAAAACUGAAAAAGAUGCUUGGACGGAAUGCUACCCCUGCCAUUACUGAGCUUCGAGCGUUUGCCAGAUCAUGUGGAGCUAUACAUGUAAGUCUUGGAAGCUGGGCCUGCGAUGUCUACCUUUCAAGUUGCGUACGAAGAGUCCUUAAGUCGGCAUCCGCAGAGAAGAGCCUCAAUGCUGGGGAAACUUCGUUGACCAGCACAGCUCAGUUUUUUAGUUCAGUACUCCAGCCGGUUAGCGAGGUCAUUGGCUUGAGGGAUUCAGGUGCACUGAUGGAAGGCUGCCUUUCACCCAAAGUUGAGGCACUACUCAAUUAUCUAGCAAAAGAAUAUCGCCCAACACUCCGUGCCCUAGUCUUUGUUGAAAAACGCGCCACGGCCUGGGCUCUGACCGAAGUUAUCACCCGGCAUCCCAGAAUGCAAAUGUAUCAGGCUUUCUCUUUUGUUGGUGUCUCGAGCCCGGGACACCAAGGACCGUUUGAUUUCACCGAACUUCCUGUACAAACCAAGAGUCUGGAAAGAUUUCGACGCGGUGAGCUCAAUCUUUGUAUUGCGACUUCUGUGCUUGAGGAAGGUAUCGAUGUUCCUGCGAUGAAUCUUGUGAUUUGCUUUGAUGAACGCAAAAAUCUUCGCAGCUAUGUGCAGAGUAGAGGACGUGCGCGCGCUGCAAAGUCAAAGUUUGUCGUCUUUCGCCCUCUUGAGGAAACAGACAUCAAGAUGAAGAGUUGGGAUAAAUUAGAGCAGGCCAUGAAGCAGGAAUGUGAAGAUUCUGCCGAUGCUUUGGCUGAACUCCAAGCCGCUGAAAUGCGACAGGAGUCUAGCAGCGAUAUAUUCCGUGUCGCUUCAACAGGUGCUACAUUGACAUAUGACAAUGCUCAACCGAGAUUGCAACACUUUUGCGCGAAACUACCCCAAAAAGAGGGCAUGGCGGUACCAGAAUUGGCGUACUGUAUCGAGGGCGAGAUUGGCGGUCCCUUGUCGGCCAAAGUCUAUCUCCCCAGUUCCCUUGCACCAGAGCUACAGGUAUUCCAAUCCGAGUCGACCUGGUAUACUCAGAGAAUGGCGAAGAGGGAUGCUGCGUACCAGGCGUAUCUUGCUUUGUACCGAGCUGGACUCGUUACUGAGCAUUUACUACCCUUGGAGAGAUCAAACAAUGGCAACAAAGCAAGGAAAUAUAAGACCAAGUCUGGUGCAGUAUCAGACGGCCUAUGUGCUGUGGAAGCUCAGUGGGAUCCCUGGUCUCGAGUUACAGAACAGUGGCUGUCAUCCACCGAAAUGUUUGCGCAUCGACUCCAUAUCCAGGACGAGACCGACGCAUACCCACGAAUGUUCAUCCUCUUGCCCACAAAGCUUGGCUCGAUAUCUUUUCCUCUCUACAUAUCUGCAAACAAAAUCACGCAGGCGUCGAUCAACGAAGGGGAGCCUGUGUCUGGAAUUCCAAUUGCACUUGCGCAGGAAAUUACCUUCUCCCUGUUGACGAGCGUCUUAGAACGACGACUCCGGGACGUCACGAAAGAACAACUUCCACUUUUGAUUGUCCCAGAUAUUGGGUCUUACUCUCUUCGAGACUGGCACAGUGAAAAUUCACUCAGCACGCCUUUGCUUGAACUUCUCGUGAAGGGCGGCGGACUGGCGAGUGAGAGGUAUCUCAUCCGAGACCGCAGCCGCUUGACACCACUGGUUCUUGUGGCCCAGGGAGCAACAUCAUUGACCAUGGGGGCGAAGGCUGAACCUGAAUCAUUGACCGUCACAGCAUCAACGAUUACGAGAAAGCUGGAGUACCUAUCACCACCAUCGCCCACGAACUUGACAAAACCAAUUCAACAGAGGACGUUAUUGGUCAAAGAUUGUGUGGUCAUGAGUUUGCCACCAGGAUACGGCGAAAUGAUGCUGUUUGCACCUUCCAUCACCCAUAUGGUUGAGACUGCUUUGCGGUCAUCUGAGGCGUGCAGAGGCCCUCUGUCUGGUCUUCAAUUUACAAACAUCGAUCUGGUUUCGGAAGCACUCACUCUGCCUGCUGCCUCUGCGAGAAAUUACCAGCGCCUAGAAUUUCUGGGUGAUGAUCUCUUGAAACUCCACGCCAGUCUACAAUUAUAUGUCGAUAAUCCUACGCACCCGGAGAGCUUACUGACCACCGCCCGCGGCCGUCUUGUCAGUAACGGCCGCCUCCUGCGCACCACUCGCAAACUGGGUUUGGAUCGGUACAUGACGCAGCGAGCAUUCUCCUCGGCGCAGUGGAAAGCUGGAGUCAACCCAUCGAACAAUCAAACGACCAUUUCGUCCAAGACAAAACUGUCGAGAAAGACCCUGGCUGACAUCAUCGAGGCUCUCAUCGGCGCCGCCCAUUGCGAUGGCGUUCCGACUGGCACGUCCGAGGCGAAAGUCGUCGGUGCUCUCCGGCUGUUCCUGAGCGAGGUGCAAUGGCGUCCGGUAUCCGAGAAUCUGGCACGUCUGGAGAUCAAAGAGGAUGACCCGUCGUCGCUGUCCUCCGGCCUCGAUAAUACCCUGGACCAUUUUCGAUUACUGACCGGAUACAAAUUCACUCACCCCUCGUUGCUAUUCGAGGCCUUGACGCAAUCGUCACUCCGACCGGGUGUCUUGUCCUACGAGCGUCUCGAGUUCUUGGGUGAUGCCAUCCUCGACCACAUCGUCAAGACCAAGCUCUACGACAGUCCCCUAAGACUGGACCCCGAAGCCAUGACGGUCCGUCGACAUGCCUUGGUGAGCCAUGUGACUCUUGCUUUUUUCGCCCUGGAGGCAUCGCACGAGCGUCGAACUGUCGAGGUUCACACCGACGUACGAACGCACGAGACCACCGCGCGGGAAGUCUCCGAAAUUUACUAUCUGCCAGACUACAUUCGACGGAUUAGUCGGGACGCUGACCAACGAGAGUUCACCUUGAAGGCGUUCGAGGAAGGGCGAGAGAGUAUCUUGGUCAGCCUCUUCGGGGUUGGUGGCCGCAGACACUUCCCCUGGAGCGAAUUGAGUCACCUGCGAGCGCCAAAGUCGUAUUCCGACGUCGUCGAGUCCGUCCUGGCAGCGGUCUUCAUCGACUCCAAGGGUGAUCUGACCCGUUGUGAAUCCGUGCUCGACAGAUUGGGGUUCAUGGGCCUGUUGGAUCGAUUCGCGCAGGAGCCGGACCUCGACGUCAUGCACCCGGAAGAGAGAUUGUCCAAGGUCAAGCUCGGAUGUGAUCUGGUCGUGGGCGAGACUCGUUCCGGAUGGCGGUGCAAGGUAACGUUUGGUCACGAUGAGCGGGUCAUCGCGUUUGCACGCAAGGCGAGCUGUCGUGACGAAGCCCGAUGUCGUGCGGCAGAAAAAGCGGUCCGGGUGAUUUUGACGGAGAAGGAGAAGGGGGGAGAAGUGAGCAACACCACUGAAGACGAGCGUCUGCGGGAAAACCAUGACAACGAGGCCGACCGCCAGGCGGACGGCAACCCACACGAACCCGGAGAAACGGACGGUGACACGACAGAGACUGAUAGCAAUGACGAUUCCGACGCUGACGUGACGGACGACUAUGAAAUUUACGAAGAUGAUGACUACGACUACGAAUUUUGAUGCCACCUCCUCAAAAACGUCAUGAGGGAAAUGAUGAUACUAUGACACGACGUGGAUGGAGGAAACGCAUCAUGAGACAAUCUCAGGAUAGGGAUGAGGGGAAAAUUAGCACAAGGGAGUCAGUGAGACCUUCCAGGAUAAGAGAAGCAGAUCUUCCAGGAUAAGGGAAAGUCGGACAGAGUAGACAAAUUCAAC